AUGAGUACGGAUAUAGUAGAUCUUCCGAAGAAGAAGCAUAGUGAGUCGAUACGAUGUGUUACUUUUAAUGUUAAUGGGAUCAGAACUUUUUUUCAUUUUCAUCCAUUUUCUAAAUUCAACCAGUCCCUAAGCAAAGUAUUUCAAUUAUUUGAUACCGAUAUAAUUACAUUUCAAGAAUUAAAGACUGACCAAACUUCAUUAAUUCGUUGGGGACAAGUUGAUGGCUAUUACUCAUUUAUAUCGAUUCCUAUCACUAAAAAAGGUUACGCUGGAGUAGGAUGCUGGAUUAGAAUUCCACCUCCGGAAGACCCUCUUUAUAACUUAAUUAAAGUAGUAAAGGCGGAAGAAGGUAUCACAGGUUAUCUGACUAUUAGAAAUGGAAAACUAGAUUGCAGAUAUAGAGAUUGUUCAGACCAAGGAAUUGGUGGAUAUGAUUCAUUGGGCUUAAAGGAUGAAACUGAGGCCUUAAAGUUAGACUCUGAAGGUCGCUGUGUUUUGGUUGAAUUAGCAUGCAAUAUUGUGGUGGUAUCUGUAUAUUGUCCAGCUAAUUCAACCCAAACAGAAGAAGGGGAGUUAUUUAGAUUAAAAUUCUUAAGCGUCUUGUUUAAGAGAAUACGAAACUUGGACACUUUGGGGAAAAAGGUUAUUUUGAUGGGCGACUUAAAUGUUUGUAAAGAUUUAAUCGAUCAUGCUGAAAUAUUGGACAAAUUCAAUAUUGAAAUCACGAAUGAUUCCCAAGGUUCAGUAAUUGAAAGAACUUAUGAUGAAAAAGUUCAUGACUUCAUUUGGGCACCAGAUGCCCCUCAAAGAAGGAUGUUAAACCAAAUAUUAAGUGACUCCUUAGAUUCUCAGCUGGCAAGAACUGGAAUUCUUGUCGAUUCAACAAGAGUCUAUCAAGGUAGGGAUAGAUUAAAGAUAUAUACUGUAUGGAAUACCCUAAAAAAUGCACGCCCUAUUAACUAUGGAUCAAGAAUUGAUUAUGUAUUUAUUAGCUCUAAGCUUAAAAAUCAGAUUAAAGCUGCAGAUAUACUACCAAAAGUACUAGGUUCAGACCAUUGUCCGGUAUAUGCUGAUAUUGGAAUCGAAACUUUAGGCGGAUGUGACGCAGUGAUUAAUAAAAAAAUAUCUAUACCUAAAUUUGAAGCACGCUAUAAAUAUAAGCUACAGAAUCACGAUAUUUUGACAAUGUUUCAUAAAAACAGCUCUCAAUUAAAAAGUAAAAUGGCGAACAGUAGAAAUUCGAUAGCUAAAAUUUCGAAACCAUAUCCACAAACUAAAGUUAAGAAGACUGUUAAGUCUAUUGAUUUAUUUUUUACUAAAGAUACGUGCUCCAAGGUAAAUGAUAUCUCUAGCAUUCAUUCAACCAAAGAAAACUCUGAUAUUAUAAAGGAACCCAAAAAGGCUCAAAAAAGUGCAUUUAAAAAUAUAUUUGGAGAAAUCCCGUUAUGUAAUCAUCAAGAGAAGGCUAUACUUAAAACAUCAAGGACCUCCUCCAAUCCAGGUAAAAAGUUCUGGGCUUGUUCUAAACCUCAAGGUGAAAGUAAAGACAAAAAUAGUUCUUGUGGGUUUUUUCAAUGGGUGUAA